AUGAGUAAAGAUCACCUCAAGACGCUUCCAGCGCACCAUGAGGCCAGUUUGUCACCCCAAGAUAUACUAGAUCUUUUUAAAGUCACAUUUGAGCAGCAACUUUAUCUAAAUGACCGACAAGUUCUUAGCGAUGACAUCCAAAAUGUAAAAACCGAGUUGUACAACAGAAACUACGCCGCAGCCUUCGACACAGCCGAAAAACGGAUUGCCUACUGCUGUCGGUGGUCUUCGUCCAGAGCAAUCGCUUACAGCUCGCUUUUUUGUCAUUUACAGGCCGUUCGAGAGUUGAUCCAAGAAUGCCCUGAUUGCGAAAUUUUGAGUAUUGGAGGCGGUGCAGGAGGGGAACUGGUCAGUAUCGCUAGUAUUUUUGCCCCAUCUAUCGAUUUCAACGCUAAAUACUCUACCAAAGAAACUGACGCCGAGUCUAGAAGUCUGAAGGUCAGAGUGGUCGAUUUGGCAAACUGGACUGCCGAAGUAGAAAAGCUGACCGAAUCCAUCCAAAAAUCGUGGCUCUUCGACCACGCCGCCGAUCUGAAAAUUCAAUUUCUCAAUACAGACAUCCUCAAGGCAACAUCGCAGGAUUUGAACCUGCCGUCACUAAACCUGAUCACUCUGUUAUUUACCACAAACGAGCUUUUUAUGGCCGAAAAGGCCGCGACCAUCAGAUUCUUUCAGAAACUAAACCAGGACUGUCACUCUGGCUGCCACUUGCUCAUUGUAGAAAGCGCGGGGAGCUAUUCACACAUCACGGUUGGUUCGAAGAAAUUUCCGAUCCAGUUUUUGAUCGACACGCUUUUAUUGGGGAAAAGGGGCCAGGAAUCCACCGGUGCUUGGGACCUGGUACAGGAGCAUGAUUCAUUGUGGUAUCGAGCCAAAGAUGAGGUUGACUACCCUCUUAAAAUUGAAAACAUGAGAUUUUUUUACAGACUCUACCGAAAGAAAUAA